AUGAUGCGCCCUAGAGACCCUCGGGUUCGCCAGCGGAUCAACCAGAUCUCUCAUAACCUCGAGUCGGCCAACGAGACCGCCCAAGAAGGCCUCUACACGUUCUCCCAGAACUACGUCGUCCCCUGUUUCUCCUCCAUUGGAAACUGCCUCUACGCUUGCACGUCGCCCUGCCUUCCAACCCGUGAGGACCACUACCGCCGUCGUCGAAGGGGGCGCGCCGAAGCCGUCUUUGAUUUCUACGAUGAUUGGGACAAUGAUGAUUCCGACAGCGGUAUACUCGGCUGGGGAACGGGGGAACUCGACCGUUUACUAGCGGGCAGCGGUUUGGCGCGUGGGAGCGCCGAGCAGCCGCGCCGCCAGCGGAAGAUGAGCUACGGCACUCGACGCACGAGGCGGAAAAGCAGCGUCCUGGCCCCGGACGAUCGCAACGACCCCACCAUUAUCCCUAGUUCUUCCUUCCUGGGCUUCCUGGAGCGGUUUCCGUGGAGAUUCGGCGCGAGGGGCAUCAAAUACCGCCCGUCUGCGGCUGACCUCCAGGAACACCCUGCGGGGAUACAGAGACACUCGUAUGAGAACGAGCCUCUUAUGGAGGAACCCGAGGAGAUUGAGGGGCCCAGCUCAAACGGGAAUGGGCGCUACCGCUCUUCGACACAGUCGUCCAGAGAGACGGCGAAUUCAUUGAGUUCGCGGGGUGACCUGAUCCCCAGUGACGAAGAGGAAGACGCCGUGCCCUUAGAUGAUGAGUUCGCCAUGGCUUUGGGCAGUCGACGUGACACAGGCCUGUUAGAGUCGGAGGCCCCACUCGGUGAUAAGCCCGCCAGCAUGAGGUCUACGUCCGGUACGUUCAGCCUGGCAUCAAAGGACUCGGGUAAGAAGAAGAAAAAGAAGCAGAGUCGGAUGCGGUCUCCGCGGAACUCGAAAGUAGAGGUCACCGAGGACAUAUCCACACCAUCCAUGAUGGAUCUACAGAAAGAAGAGGCGCGGGUAGAGCAUGAGGAAGAAUCCGAAAUCAUACGGAAACGACUUGCCGCCCGACAAUUGGCUUCGAGCCGGGGUUUCAAUCAGAGCAAUGACCCCGUACGAUCACCAACCUCCCCCCUCGAGAAGAGUCUGCAUAAGCUAACCUUUCCUACCGUAGCCCACACCAUUCUCCCUGCCCUCUCGCUCGCCCACUGUCUCGUCAGAAAUUGUAGAUCAUGA